CUCCCAGCUUGUAGGGCUGGCAGAAGUGGUCACUGCAUUUAAAGAGAGCAGGAACCCCUCCUGUUCAAACCCUUUGAGACCCAAGAAAAGAAGGAGAAAAUUCAAGCAACUACGGUUAACCCUUCAGAUAAGGAUGCCAAACUGGGGAGGAGGAGCCAAGUGUGGGGCCUGUGAAAAGACAGUGUACCAUGCUGAGGAAAUCCAGUGCAAUGGAAGGAGUUUCCACAAGUCGUGCUUCCUCUGCAUGGCUUGCAGGAAGGCUCUGGACAGCACCACAGUAGCAGCUCAUGAAUCUGAAAUCUACUGCAAAACCUGUUAUGGGAGAAAAUACGGCCCCAAAGGGGUUGGCUUUGGACAAGGGGCUGGAUGCCUCAGCACUGACACCGGAGACCACCUGGGCUUGAACCUGCAGCAGGGGUCACCAAAGCCUGCUCGCCCCUCAACACCAACUAAUGCUUCAAAGUUUGCCAAAAAGGUGGUAGAUGUGGAUAAAUGUCCCCGUUGUGGCAAAUCAGUGUAUGCUGCAGAAAAGAUCAUGGGAGGAGGAAAACCUUGGCACAAGACCUGCUUCCGCUGCGCCAUUUGUGGGAAGAGUUUAGAAUCCACAAACGUUACAGACAAGGAUGGAGAGCUCUACUGUAAAGUUUGCUAUGCAAAAAACUUUGGUCCCAAAGGAAUUGGGUUUGGUGGCCUCACUCAAGUGGAGAAGAAAGAGUGUGAAUGAGAAGAAAUGAAUGCAAGACUCAAACUGCUGUUGAGGACACCAAGUGAUAGCUGUCAAGUAAAACAUUAAACAACACAUAUUGCUAAGUACCUAGGGCAUUUGAUUAAGAUUUUCCUCCUUGCAGAAAAAAUCUGAGUUGUAUCUUAAGAAAUUCUUAGAGUAGAUUAUAAAGGUACAAUGAUAAAACUAGACUUAUGUUUGUGUCUAGUAUAUAGACAAGGAACCUCAUGGAACAUUAUUGCUUCGUAAACUAGUACUUGGUCACAUUUUAGACUGGAAUUUUAGACUCAUAGUGCCCCAUUAUGAUAGGGAUACCUUCUGGAGCGAAGGGUCCAGGUGUUCCCAGUUAGAUUGUAUUUUCUUUUUUUCACAAUGUUAACCUGUCUGUAUUUCCACCAGUCUCCUAGCUGAGUUUUGAUUAUGCUGGCAAUUGUGUUAGAACAAGUAGAUGUUAUUUGCUUUGAGACAAUUAAAAAGGAUUUGAAAUUCUCUUUCUCUGAGGGAGGUAUUUCUAAAAAAACCCAACAUUUUCUCAGGAUACAGUGUUAUAAGUUUUUUCUGUUUUCAAGCUACAAUAAAGUACUUACUGCUUCACAUUA